AUGCAGCCCGCCACCCUCCUCCUCGCCGGCCUCGCCAGCCUCGCCGCCGCCGUCCCGCUGGCCGCCGACCCCAACGUCGUCGCCAUCCAGAACCUGUCGGUGCGCAAGAACAACGGCACCCAGGCCGCCUCCUUCACAAUCGCGCCCGCCGGCGCCAAGUGCUCGCAGACGGACUCGACCGCCCUCGUCUACCCCCGCAUGACCGAGUGCACGGGCGGCGCGUACAACUACUACUUCCAGAUCUCGGAGCUGGAGACGGCGGAUACUUGGAACUUGACCAUCACGAGGGAGGUUGGCAUGAACUCCGUUGUGAAUGGAAGUCUUGCGGUGCCCACGUACUGCCGUGCGGGUGGCAAUGGCGCAAACGAUUACGUUUGCAGUCAGGUUGGCAACUCGACGACCGUGUUGAACCAGCGCUUUGGUACCAACUAG